CAAAGGUUAAGCCCCUCGUUUUAUCACUUAAAAUGUCCCACAGCCCUUAUUACCAUUAAGACAAUAGUUACUUUGGCUGUGUUGAAAGAGCCUCGAAUGGGUGCAUCCUUGCUCCGUCUCCAUUUCCAUGAUUGCUUUGUCCAAGGGUGUGAUGGAUCAGUAUUGUUAAAGGACACAGAAACUUUCAAAGGCGAACAAGGUGCGCUUCCCAACGCUAAUUCUCUAAGGGGUUUUGAUGUCAUAGAGAACAUAAAAACUCACCUGGAGUUGGUGUGCCCCGGUGUUGUGUCUUGCGCUGACAUCGUAGCCGUAGCUGCAAGAGAUUCUGUUGUUGCCCUUGGUGGAGAUGGUUGGGAGGUAGGAUUGGGCAGAAGAGACUCAAGCACUGCAAGUUUAAGUGAAGCUAAUUCAGAUUUACCGGGUCCCAAUUUGGAUCUUAAUUCCCUUAUUAGGGCUUUCGAUAAAAAGGGAUUCGAAGUCGAUGAAAUGGUUGUUUUAUCAGCUGCUCACACAAUAGGCAGAGCCAGGUGUUUAUUCUUCCGAACAAGGAUUUAUAACGAAAGCAACAUAGAUACCUCGUAUGCAAAGUUGUUGAGAGAAAAUUGUCCCUUUGUAGGUGGUGAUGACAAUUUAUCUCCUUUAGACAUCACCACUCGAGACACUUUCGACAAUGCUUAUUUCAAGGAUUUAAUGUCCAAAAAGGGUCUUUUCCACUCUGAUCAACAGCUCUACAACGGUGGUUCAACGAAUUCCAAAGUUGAAGAUUAUGCCAAGGAUUCAUCACUGUUCGAAUCAGAUUUUGGCAAGGCCAUGAUCAAGAUGGGUGAGCUUGGCAUACUAACCGGUAAACAGGGCCAAAUUAGAAGUGUGUGCAGCAGGGUGAAUUGA